GCAAGAGUCCUCUCUCGACCACCACACCCUACACACACGCUUUGAGAUGAUCCCUCAAAUGUCCCGCCAGGCCAUGCGCCCCGCCUUCCGCGCCAUCCAGCGCCGUACUCUCAUGGGCGGCCACCCGACGGGUCCUACGUACAGCGAGGAGAGCUUGCGCACUGUGCCUUUCUCGUUCAAGAACAAGAAGGUGUUCGCUACCACCCUGGUCUCCUUCCUCGGCCUCGGCUUCGUUGGCCUCCCCACCAUCGCCUGGGCAUGGACUUGGUACAAGCCCGGCGGCUUCAAGAACGCCUCUGGUUGAACGGCUCACCCAAUUCACGCCUCCCGUAUCACUAGCCUAACGCUAAUGCUUUCGACACACACAUGUACCAUAACUUAUUGAGCUUUGGACAAUCGGGGGCUUCUGUAAUAUACCAUUUUUGAAGACAUCA